AUGCUGCCCCCGGUCCCGGCGCGGACGGGACGGGGCAGGGGGGCAGCCCCGCCGGGACGCGCCCGCAGCCGCUGUCGCCGGCCCGCUGGCCGAGCCGCCCCGGCGGUGGCGGGGCCGCCUCCCCCGCCCUGCCCUGCCCUGCCCUGCCCGCCGCUGUGUGGCGGGAGGCCGGGCCGCGCCGCCGCUCUCCGGGGAGGGGCCGGAGCCGCUGGCGCCGCGGGCCGGCACGCGAGGGGUCUUAUAACGACAUCCCCGGGCGCGUGCCGCCGGCCGCCGCCGCCAGCCAAUCAGGGCGCGCCGGGGGGGCCGGGCCGCCCGCCGGGGGACACCGCGCGCGGCCGGGGGCGGCGCCCCGCACCGGGGCGGGGGGAGCGGCACGGACCCGACGGAGCCCCCGCGGCACGGCCCGGCACAGCCCGGCACCCCUCGGCACCGCCCGGCACAGUCCGGCACCGCCCGGCACAGUCCGGCACCGCCCGGCACUGCCCCGCACCGCCCGGCACUGCCCCGCACCGCCCGGCACCGCCGCAGCCGCUCGCACCGACGGGGCCCGCACGUCGGGCGAGGGGCCCCGGAUGGCCUCGGCACCUCUUCCCGCGAACCGCUACCGAAACGCGCCUCUUGGCUUUCACAUAA